AUGGAAUCAAAAAUUUUACGUUUAAGAAAUUUUAAUAAUUGGUUAAAAAGUGUAUUGAUAGGCAAACAUAUGGCAGCUGGAAAUACUGUACUUGAUAUAGGUUGUGGAAAAGGAGGAGAUCUGAAUAAAUGGGAUAAAGCAGAAAUUCAUAAAUAUUAUGGUUUUGAUCUUGCACAGAAAUCAAUUGAAGAUGCAAAAAAACGUUGGGAGGUGUUAAGUCAAAGAGGAUCCAAGAUCAAACAAGCAGAAUUUUAUGUUUUAGAUUAUAUAAUUUCAGAUGAAAUUAAAUUCGAUAUUGUUAGCAUGCAAUUUUGUCUUCAUUAUUCAUUUGAAUCUGAAGAAAAAGUACGCAUGGCCUUAAAAAAUGUCACUUCUGGUUUGAAAAUAGGAGGUUACUUUAUUGGAACAGUACCUAAUGCCUAUCGGAUCGUAAAAAUAUUAAAAAGUUUGCCCGACAAUGAAUUAGAAUUUGGAAAUUCGAUAUAUUCGAUUAAAUUUGAACAAAAAGAAUCAUAUCCAUUAUAUGGGAACAAAUAUUGGUUUAAUCUUGAAGAAUCAAUUGAUGAUUGCCCAGAAUAUUUGGUUUAUUUUCCUGUAUUUGAAAAGUUGGCAAAAGAAUAUGGCCUCAAAUUACUAUAUAAAAAAAGUUUUCAUGAUUUAUAUGAAGAAGAAAAAAAAAACGAUAAAUUUUAUGACCUUUUAUUUCAAAUGCAAGUAAUUGGGAAAAGACCAGAUGAUUCAAAAAUGACAGAUGAUGAAUGGGAGGCAAUUGGUAAUUUUAAUAAUUUAAUAAUUGAUUGA